CGGUUAAGCGGCGGGCGGGGGGGGGGCGGCGGGAGCGCGCGGCGGCGGCGCUGGGGUCUGAGCGCGGCCCCCAUGGAGCUGCUGCGGAAAUGGCUGGGCCACCCCGAGGACAUCUACAACCUGCUCCGCUUCAAGAUGGGCGGCUACCGCGCCGUCAUGCCGCGCAUGGACACGGACUCGCUGGGAUGCGGCCUCCGCACCUGCUACCGGUACCUCAACCAGACCAGCCGCAGCUUCGCCGCCGUCAUCCAGGCUCUGGAUGGAGAGCUGCGACAUGCAGUGUGUAUAUUCUACCUAGUUCUCCGUGCCCUGGACACUGUAGAGGAUGACAUGAGCAUCCCCUUGGACGUCAAGGUCCCAAUGCUGCACGAGUUCCACUCCCAUCUCUACCAGCCAGACUGGAAGUACACAGAGAGCAAGGAGAAGGACAGGCAGGUGCUGGAAGACUUCCCGACGAUCUCCAUGGAGUUCAGAAACCUGUCCAAGGUCUACCAGGAUGUGAUUUCGGAUAUUUGUCACAAGAUGGGUGUUGGGAUGGCAGAGUUCUUGGAGAAGAAGGUGGAUUCUCAGCGUGAGUGGGACAAGUACUGUCACUACGUUGCUGGGCUGGUGGGGAUUGGCCUUUCCCGUCUCUUCUCUGCAUCAGAGCUGGAAGAUUCCAUCGUGGGGCAGGACACAGACCUGGCAAACUCGAUGGGCCUCUUCCUACAGAAAACCAACAUCAUCCGUGACUAUCUGGAGGACCAGCUGGAGGGAAGGGAGUUCUGGCCCAGAGAGGUUUGGAGCAGAUAUGCCAAGAAGCUGUCAGACCUUGCCAAGCCAGAGAACAUUGACGUGGCCGUGCAGUGCCUCAACGAGCUCAUCACCAACGCCCUCCACCACGUCCCCGACGUCCUCACCUACCUGUCCCGCCUCAAAAACCAAAGUGUCUUCAACUUCUGCGCUAUCCCCCAGGUGAUGGCCAUUGCCACGCUGGCUGCCUGCUACAACAACCAGCAGGUGUUCAGGGGGGUGGUGAAGAUCCGCAAGGGCCAGGCCGUCACCCUCAUGAUGGAUGCCACGAACAUCCAAGCUGUCAAAGCCAUCAUGUACCAGUACGUGGAAGAGAUCUACCAGAAGAUUCCGAGCACGGACCCCUCGUCCAACAAGACGCAGCAGGUCAUCGCCUCCAUCCGCGCCGUCAGCCUGCCCGGCAGCCCCAUGGCCUCCCGCCACCACUACUCCCCCAUCUACCUGUCCUGCGCCAUGCUGCUGGCAGCCCUGAGCUGGCAGUACCUCAGCACCCUCUCCAAGGCCACCGAGGAGUACGUGCAGGCGGGAGACAACUGAAGGGCAGUGGCCGGGUGUGGGGGGACAGGUGGUGGCAGGUGGGUGGCAGGAGGCUCCUCGUCCCCUGCGGUGGGGAUGGUGACAAGCACGGGUCCCCAGCACUGGGAUGGUGACAAGGAUGGGGCACUGGGGAGCUGCAGCCCCCCGGG